AUGGACAGCUCGUUCAAUCAGUACAUGGGGUAUGGUCAAGGUCAGCAGUCCCAGCAAGCCGGCGCACAGCAGCAAGGGCUCGGAUCCUUCGGCAACCUCUCCGGGUCGACACAGCAUACUGAUUCGCAGUCGCACCCAACCCUACCACCUCUGCAGAGCCAGAAUGGCGGCCAGUUCGGCAACCUGUCGUACAUGCAUCCAGGUAGUGCGGCGCACACGCCGACAACGCCGCAUACCCCGUCAAUGACCAUGCCGCAAAGUGCGACCAGCUCAUACGCUACCAUGUCCCCAGCGCAUACGCAGGGUGGCAUGCUCCCGCCAUCAUCCUUUGCGCAGCCUUAUAAUUUGGCGCAGUCGAACAUGUAUCCAUCCUCGACAGGUGCGUCAUUACCGUCAUCGACCGCUACGCAAGGGCUCCCAAGCUUAAGACCGAUGCCUCCAGGUGGUGCCGUAGGUCCAAUGAACGGUCUACCGAGUCUUACAGGCGCUACGCAGCUAGGCCAACAAUCCUCCUUCGGGCAGCAAGGUGACGAUGCGCCCACGCACGUUGUUGGCUCGCAAGGCCGCCGCGGGGUUCUUCCAACCGCUCCUGGCCGUCCUAAUCCGCCUGCACAAGGCGCGACUGGAAAGAGCAUGAUACCGCAGAAGGAUGCAGACGGCAAGUUUCCGUGUCCGCAUUGCAACAAGACCUAUCUGCAUGCUAAGCAUCUGAAGAGACAUCUCCUAAGGCAUACCGGCGACCGGCCGUACAUGUGUCAUCUCUGUAAAGAUACCUUCUCCCGGAGUGACAUCUUGAAGCGCCACUUCCAAAAGUGCUCAAUCCGACGCGGCAACCCGACAGGCGCCAAUCACCUCGCUCAUCAACGUCGCAACAACAAUGCUGGUAAUCGGCUCUCCAUAAGCCAGCAAGAAGGCCCCAUCGGACUGGCAGGCCUUCCAGAAGUUGCUGGGUCCGGCCCACCGUAUGCGAACGGCAUGGUGAGCAGUCCAACAGUGGCAGGUGACAUGUCGGGACGGUCUACACGGGCGAACAGCUUGGUGACGCCAAACAACAUGAGCCACCGCAAUAGUGUGGCUGGACUCGGUAUAUUGGGCUCGAACGCAUCCGGCAACGACCAAAUGGGAACUUCUGCCGCGAGUUACCAGCCCAAUAUGAGUGCUUAUGCCAUGCACAAUGUCUCGAACGGCGGUCAAAUGCCUCCAAAUUACGCUUACAGCCAGCCGCAGAUGAACGGAAGUACAUACAACCAGCAGCAGAUGUCUUUUUUAGGCCAUCCGAGCUCGCGGUACGAUACCAGCCACAAUAACAACGCUUACCAGCACAGUACGAACGGUGAUGGAGGCGGCGGCACCGGUCCGACAGACUGGAGUCGCAUGUUCAAUCAAGGUGGCCAGGAUGGCUUCAUGUCGAGCCAGCCUGCGAACGCGAGCUCACACGGAAUGAUGCACACCAAGACAGAUGUGACGAACGACGUGAAACCGAAUUUCAACAACAUGCAUAACGAUAUGAGUAACGAUUCUUUUUUAGGGAGUCUGUACUCGCACCCUAGCGCGUUCGGGAGCGAGUACGGAGUAGACCACGAGAACGGCAUAUUACCUGGCUUUCCUAACUGGAGCGUGGAUGACCCGCUGCAAGCCAAAGUGGACAGCUUGAUGCACUACUGCUUUCCCAACGGAGCAGACACGACGCCUGGUGACGACUCGUCUGCCAUUGUCAAGGCUUGUCUGACGGCUGAGAAUAUCAAGCACUUUGCGGAACACUUCAAGUCCUACCAAGGACAUUGGCCGGUCUUACACAUGCCGACCUUCAAGUUAACGGAAGCAAACAAUGCGCUGGUGCUGGCGAUGCUGUGUAUCGGCGCGGUGUACAGUCCGCAGAUGGAUGUGAGCAGGGUGCGGCUCAUGAUGGACUUUGUCAAGAUGACGGUGUUCAACAACAGCAGCAUAUAUUCGAGGUACAUCAACGGCUCUACUAACGGGCUUGGCGCCGAAUCAUGGGAUGUGGAAGAGCUUCAGGCGCUUCUUAUGCUGCAGACUAUCUAUACGUGGCACGGAGACGCCAACCAGCGCCAGGCAGCGCGCAACGAAUUCCCGGCCUUGGUACAUCUGGCGAAGGCGAUGGGAAUGACGCAACAGGCCGAACAAGGCCAUUACGCUUACAGUCCGCUGCAUUCCAACAUGACUACCAGCGUUGACGGGAACAGCUUCAAUUGGUAUGGGUGGCUGGAACAAGAGAAGCGCAACCGCGUACUGUACAUGCUGUUCUUGUCGGACGCAGCCAUGGUCAUGUUCUUCAACAACACGCCGCAAUUCGAUCCCUUGGAGGUACGACUCAUGCUACCUGCAGAUGACGCAGCGUGGGACGCCGGGGAUGCACAGGAGUGCGCAAACGCUUUGGGCCUUCACGGCGUACAUGCACAAGCCCAGCACAUCGCUGGUACGCGUCGACCGAAACAGCCCGGCAUGCGGGAGGCCAUGCGCACCCUCCUAGACCCGACUGCAUCCUUCCAACCGAAUGCUACUAAUGUGUAUUCCAAAUUUGUGCUUAUACACGCCUUGAUCACGAGGUUGAUCGCAUGUCAGAAGACGUUGAUGGCGUCAGAUGGGCAGUUUCAAGGCAUGAACUUCAACGCAGGCAGCAGUAGCCCGGCGACGCCAUUGUCGCAGAAUGACUGGCUGGACAUGCAUGGUGGUCGUAGCGGCAACGUGUCCUCGAGUAAUAGUGGCCACGUCACGCCCACCGAUGGCAUGAACAUGCAGCUUGUGGCCGUCCAGCAGGAGAGGACGCGGCUCGGCAAAGCUCUUGAUAAGUGGAAGCGGGCUUGGGAUCAGGAUAUGGAUCUGCAAUACCCGCCAGGCCAGCUCCGCCAAAGACGCUUUGGCUUCAGCCGCGAUGGUGUUCACUUCUUUUAUCUAGGCCGCAGUUUCUACCAAUCCCAGCGCCCUAGCGACUGGACCACUCCGCCAGACAAGCGUUUCCAGCAAACCAUGGCGCUGCUCAAACGUAUCAAGGGUUUCGUCCUCGGCGACAAUGAGCACAAGGGACACGACAUCGGCUCCGUCGGCGACAUCGACGAUCAGUACGGCCUGGACGAUCUGACUCUGGAUAUGAAACUACUAUUCAAGCCGUACAACUCGCAGACGGAUCGUUCGAUCACUGGCGUGCAGACAUAUCUGUAG